AUGUCGCAGCAUGGGAAAGCAACAGCCGCACCGGCCAUGCCGCCGGCCAUGGCUGAUAUCAAGAAGCAAAGCGUUGAUGAGGUAUUGGCGGAAAUGAAUCGAAUGCCUUUGUUCAUGACGACUUUGGACGAGACUGAUGGCGAAGGUGGUGAGAACAUGAUGCUUGAGGCUAUGAAGGCGCUCGCAUACGAAGGCACAAGGUUCGAGAUUGCAGAGAACUUUCGACAGCAGGGCAAUGAGUGUGCCCGAGCAAAGCAAUGGAACGAUGCAAGAGAGUUCUACGAUAAAGCGAUAGCAGCGCUCAAGGGACCGCAGGCGAAGCCAGAUCCGGAGGCAGAAGUCGAGGGAGGAAAGAUCAUUGAGGUCGAGCUUGACGAAGAAGAAGAAGCAAAGAAGGAGAAGGUCGUAGAGGAGGCGUGUUACGUUAACAGGGCGCUGUGCAACUUGGAAAAAAUGAAUUAUCGCUCAUGCAUAAACGACUGUGCCUCAACCCUUCGCAUCAACCCCUCCAAUAUCAAAGCCUACUACCGCUCCGGCAGUGCCUGUCUCGCUCUCGACAAAUUCGCCGAGGCCACAGACGCAUGCGAAUUCGGACUCAAACUGGACCCCACCAAUGCACCUCUCAAGGCCCUCGCCGAAAAGAUCAAGAAGCGACAAGACUACAUUGCCAAGGUCGAAGCCGAUCGGCGUGCCCGGGAAGAAAAAACAGCCUCCGAGCGUGCCACGCUCGACCUGGCGUUCAAAGCGCGCAACGUCACUGUCCGCACGACAACCGACGAAGCGCCGGAUCUAGAAGACGCGAAAAUCCAGCUCUCCAACCCGGUGGAUCCGUCCUCGCCCCUUUCUUAUCCCUGCCUGAUCUUGUACCCUGCGCACUCCCAGUCGGACUUCAUCAAGGCCUUCAACGAGCACCAGACCCUCCCGGAGCAUCUGGAGUAUAUAUUCCCGCUGCCGUGGGACGAGGAGAAUGAGUAUACGGUUGACAAAGUGGAGGCCUACAUGGAGACAGCGGCGGGCGGGCUGAUCAAGGUCGGCAAGAAGAUGGCGCUGCAUAAGGUGCUGGGGAGUGGGAAGGUGGUUGUCAGUGACGGACUAGUGCGGAUCAGUGUGGUGCCGAAGGAGAAGAGUGCGGCGUGGAUUGAGGAGUUCAAGAAGAGAAAAGGAACUACCGCUUGA